CUGAAGAGAGAUAAACUCCUGCUGAAGCGACUGAGACACAUGUGACACACUGUUAUAAAGAUGGUGUUUAUUAAAGAGGAGAGUGAAGACAUGAAGAUUGAAGAAGCAUUCAAACAUGAAGAUCCUGAGGAACAAACAGACCAGAUGGUGUUGAAUGAGGAACGUCAAGAACUGAAUGAAAGAGGAGAGAAAACUCAGUAUGAGAAACAUGAUUUCGUGACUGGAGAGAAAUCCACAAAGACUGAAAAGACUUCCUCACAAAAAAGAGGUCAUAAAACCAAAUCCAAGAGUUAUUUCACUUGCCAUCGAUGUAGAAAGAGUUUUAAUCUAAAACAAAACCUUGAAGUCCACAUGAGAGUUCACACUGGAGAGAAGCCAUUCACAUGCCAACAGUGUGGAAAGCGUUUCAGUCAGAAAGGAAACCUUAAAAAACACAUGAGAAUUCACACUGGAGAGAGGCCCUUUAUCUGUCAAGAGUGUGGAAAGAGCUUCACAGUAGAACUAAACCUUAAGUAUCACAUGAGAAUUCACACUGGAGAAAACACUUUCACCUGCCAAGAAUGUGGUAGAAGUUUCACUCAAAAACAAAGCCUCAAAUUUCAUAUGAGAAUUCACACCGGAGAGAAGCCUUACACUUGCACUCAGUGUGGAAAGAGUUUUGCUCAGAAAAACACCCUUAAUUAUCACAUGAAUACUCACAAUGGAGAGAGAUCUUUCACCUGCCAACAGUGUGGAAAAAGUUUCGCUCACAAACAUAGUCUUAAAGUCCACAUGAGAAUUCACACUGGAGAGAAACCUUACACUUGCUCUCAGUGCAGAAAGAGUUUUGCUCAGAAAAACACCUUUAAUUACCACAUGAAAAGUCACACUGGAGAGAAACUGUUCACAUGUGAUCAGUGUGAAAAGAGCUUCACAACAGAAGUGAACCUUAGGUAUCACAUGAACAUACACACUGGAGAGAAGCCGUUCAAAUGUGAUCAGUGUGGAAAGAGGUUCACACGUAAAAUAAGCCUUAAUAACCACAUGAGGAAUCACUCAGGAGAGAAAUGUUUUAUAUGUCAUCAGUGUGGAAAAAGUUUCAGUCAUAAAAGUAGCCUCAACACUCACAUGAGACUCCACACUGGAGAGUACUCCUGCAAACUAUGUGGGAAGAGCUUCUCACAAAUAGGAAAUCUUAAGAUUCACAUGAGAAUUUGCACAGGAGAGAAGCCAUUCAAAUGUGUGGAAAAUUAUUAACACGAAAGGAAAACCACACGAGGAUUCACACAAGGGAUUUAUGUCAUCGGUGUGACACAGACAAGCAGUUAAACAGUUAACGUAAACCUUUAAACUUGCAUCAGAGUUUACACCAGAAAAUGUGCUUCUGUGUGAAAUUAAGGCAACUUUUACACUUCAGCUGAACAUGGACCCAAUCUGAAUGUCCACCUUCAACCUGCCCAGCCAUAUCACCCUGCAGCCCAAGACUGGUUGCCCACUGAAGCUAAGCAGGGCUGAGCCUGGUCAGUACCUGGAUAAAAAGGCGCCAGGUUAGGAUGAUGUCAGGGGCCUGGUGAGGGAGAGGGGGCCCAUUUUUUUACUGAGGGGGAGCCGAGUCAAUAUGAUGUUCAGGGGCCCCGGAAACUAUAGCGAUUCCCCUGUGUGGGUCCUAAUGCCCCAGUAUAGUGACGGAGACACUAUACUGUCAAC